GUGUGCGUUGGAUCUUGGGGUCGCUUUCUGGGCUAAGCAACUUGGUCAGCAUCAGUGUUCUCGGGGUUUCGACAGCGUAUAGUGUGUUUGAAACGCUAAGUGCUUUUUUCCAGUUUUCUUCCCUUGUAAGUCAAAAACAAAAACACAAACACCAUGGACGCCAUCAAGAAGAAGAUGCAAGCGAUGAAGCUUGAGAAGGAUAACGCCGUUGACAAGGCCGACACCUGCGAGAACCAAGCCAAGGAUGCCAACUCCCGCGCCGACAAACUGAACGAGGAGGUGCGCGAUCUGGAGAAGAAGUUCGUCCAGGUGGAGAUCGAUCUGGUCACCGCCAAGGAGCAGCUGGAGAAGGCCAACACCGAGCUGGAGGAGAAGGAGAAACUCCUGACCUCCACCGAGUCCGAGGUGGCCACCCAGAACCGCAAGGUGCAACAGAUUGAGGAGGAUCUGGAGAAGUCCGAGGAGCGCUCGACCACCGCCCAACAGAAGCUGCUGGAGGCCACCCAGUCGGCCGAUGAGAACAACCGCAUGUGCAAGGUGCUGGAGAACCGUUCCCAGCAGGAUGAGGAGCGCAUGGACCAGCUGACCAACCAGCUGAAGGAAGCCCGCAUGCUGGCUGAAGAUGCCGAUACCAAGUCCGACGAGGUCUCCCGCAAGCUGGCCUUCGUUGAAGACGAGCUGGAAGUGGCUGAGGAUCGUGUCCGCUCCGGCGAGUCCAAGAUCAUGGAGCUGGAGGAGGAGCUGAAGGUUGUCGGCAACUCCCUGAAGUCCCUGGAGGUGUCCGAGGAGAAGGCCAACCAGCGCGUGGAGGAGUUCAAGCGCGAGAUGAAGACCCUGUCCAUCAAGUUGAAGGAGGCCGAGCAGCGCGCCGAGCACGCCGAGAAGCAAGUGAAGCGCCUGCAGAAGGAGGUCGACAGGCUAGAGGACGAGUUGGGCAUCAACAAGGACAGGUACAAGUCCCUGGCCGACGAGAUGGACUCCACAUUCGCCGAGUUGGCUGGCUACUAAGUUGGCCAGCAGUCCCAUAUACCAAAUCCACACCAGCAGCGGAGGAAGAUGGAGACGACGACGAGAUGGAGAACUCUACUAAUUGUAAACGAAUAUCUCAAAUUGAUUUGGCCAGCACGAAGAUCGGCGGCCGCAGAUACCAAGAACAACAUCCAUUGUGUAUGCAAUUCUUUAUAAAUCUAUAUAUUUCAUAAUAAAUAAAUAACAACAACAACCAGAUCAACAACA